CGAUGACUCAUCAACUAUGUGGCCAAAUUAUUACGCAGAAUGUGACAAUCGACUUUAAAAAUUAUCAUGACAACUCAGAAUCACACAUUUUGCCCAUAACAAUCGGACAAAAGUAAAAUAAUAUAUAUCUUAUAUUUGUUGAAGUUUUGUUGGUUGAUGUUACAAACUUUUAUGUUAUAAAUAGAGCUCGUUGAAUAAAAUCAGUAUAGAGAAACAACAAAACUCAAACCAAUAUGGUGAUGAUGAUGAUCAAGAACCAUGUAAGAUCUAUAAGCUUACAAUCAAGAUCUCAUCCUAGCACAGCAGCGAUCGAGGAGUCGCUCGACAAAUUUCUUAUCACUAUGAACACGUCGACAAUGGCGUCGUCUGAGUCGGUUCACUCCGGUUUAUCGGGGUUGGAGGAUCUGUACGACUGUUCGGAAGAUCUUCUGAAGAUGGGUUCGACGCAAAGGGUGUUGUCGUUUAGUGAUGAGAAGAAGAAGAAGAAGAGGAAAGUGAAGGGAGAGUUUAUGGAGGAAAUGCUUGAUGGUUCGUUGAGGCUAAUGGAUAUAUGCAACGUCUCGAGGGAUCUCAUGGUUGAGACUCAUGAGCAUGUUCUUGGUCUUCAGUCUUGUGUUAGGAGAAGGAAAGAUGUCGACGUCUCGGGAUAUGUCGGGUUUAGGAAAAACAUGAGGAAAGAAGUGAAGAAGCUUCUUGGAUCUUUAAAGAACAUUAAUGUAGGGUUAGUGAUGAGAGAUCAUGGUUAUGAUCAAGACGGUGAUAUUCAUUUCUUGGCCGUGAUUCAUGCAAUGAGACGUGUCGUUUAUAUGACAGUUUCGGUCUUAAAGUCUUUCUUUGAGUUCUUGUCGGGACGACAAAACGGGAACGACGUAAGGAGCAAGUUGGCUUUAGUUCUCAUGAACAAGAAGUUUCAUGAUCACGAUAAGAUGGUCAAAAACGAGUUGGAGAAUGUAGAUUCCGCGAUUUGUGGAGAUUCUAUCUCUCAUGAUGAUCUUCAUGAGAAGCUUGAGGAAGUUGAGGUAUGGAUUGGAAAAUUCGAGAAGAGUCUUGAAGGAUUGUUUCGAGGGUUGAUUAAAACACGAGCCUCGCUUCUCAACAUAAUCUCUCAAUAGGUGUUUAUGUAAUAUUGUCAUCUUUGUGGGCAUUCAGUUUUAGAGGAUUUGCCGGAGGGAUACAUAUUAUACAACCAUAAACAUAAGAUUUUGUAAUCACUAGUUAAUUCAUUUUAUAAAAAUAUGUAUUCUUUUAUAAAAACAAAACAAUUUUUUCGUGUACACGUUUUUGUAUAAUUUGGUAUUGAUGUUACACAUUUGAAUCUCGGUUUUUUUCUUUUCUUUCUUUUACGUCAAAAACAAAAAAACUGUACACGAU